UACAUUGAAGCUAUAUUUACAUUCUAUGAUCUAAAACAAGGAUUAUUUCAUCUGCUGCUCUUCUUAUACCUUUUGAGUUCUCCUACAGCAGGCCAGCAAUUAUGGAAGAAGACGAGAAACUAAAUGAACAGUUGAACUCAAAAUAUGGGAUGAAAUUGCAUAAAAUGUGCAAACAGUGGUGUGUUGUGAUGGCAUAGUUUAAAACAGUUUCAUUUAUCAUUCGUUGGUUGUGAAGAUUUUUAUAUUACCCUAAUGAAAGAAUCAAUUUCUACCGAAGGUUGUGUGAACAGUUUAGCUAGAAUGGACUCAACUGAUGAUGCUUACUACAGCGACAUGACAACGUCAAAUAUUAGUGUCACUUCUGGGCCUGUCAGUAGACGUUCACAUCAGAAACACCAUCGACGUCAUCAUGACCACACUUUGAAAUUGGUCAAUCAGAACACAGAAAGAGAGAAUAGCAGUCCAGACAGUGAUGAUUCAAAUCCCGGACAAAUAUUUUCGUUCCGACGGACGGGAAGUGAAAAAAUUGCUCUAAACAAAGGGACGUCACUCCCGUCAGAACUUAAAGAACUCGAUGGCGAGACUUGCGACUGUCAUUGUGGUGCCUGCUGCAGUUGUCGUAGUAAUCAUUCUCAAAAUCGGCACUCGCAAGGUUGCCCUGUACACAAUUUUAUUUGUAAGAAAUUGUCGGACGGGGCCGACUGCCAGGUCUCGACAAACAAAGAAACACAACAACUACCCAGUCCGACGGCCAUAGAGUCCUGGGGACAUUUUAGCAAACAUCGUGGCAACCAUUACAAGUAUCGUCGAAGUGACUAUUCAAGCGACAGCGAUGAAGAGUCUGCUGUAGGAUCGAACAAAAAAAAUCUCAAGACACAAAUGCUUGUGAAACAAAAAUCUCAUUUACCCAGUUUGACAUUGACUCGACAGAGUUCCUCAUCCUCGGCACGGAGUUACGAUAAAUCGCUAAACAAUUCCAUAGACCCCUUGAACUCCAUGGAUGGAGUUAAUCCACUGACAUUUAAAGAAAGGGUCAAAACAAUGGUGCGUUGGUUUUCAGACUUCAACGAUGAACAGAAAAAUCUCAUGCUGAAGGAAUUGCUUAUGGGUUGUGAGCUGCCCCAGCUUCAUCUGCUGUCGGUCAAGAUGGAGGCCAAUCUCCACCAUGGCUGCCCACCAAACUGCCAGGACCUUCUAACCUGGCUGCCCACAAACCAAGCAACUAAGAUACUCUCCUACCUUGAUCCAGUCAGUCUGUGUCGCGCGUGCCAAGUCUGUAAAGUAUGGAGCCAGUUGUCUGAAGAGCAGUCGCUAUGGCGACGGUUUUGUUGUCAGCCAAAAUGGCGGCUGUGUAAAGCGGCGGAGCAUAAACAAGUCAUAAGUCACAUGUCACAUGGCAGUAUACAGUGGAAGAAAGUGUUUGCUGAGCGUUACCGCCUGAGAAACAACUGGCUGAAGGGACGAUGUACGGUCCGCACGUUUGAAGGGCACUCGCAAGGAAUAUCCUGCGUGCAGUUUGAUGACACUCGAAUAGUCAGUGGGUCGUCAGAUAAAACUAUCAAGGUUUGGAAUAUCCGCACAAAUGCUCAGUGGUCAGUCCAAACACUUGUUGGCCACAGUGGGACUGUUAGAUGUCUACAUCUUGAGGGCAACAGGCUGGUCAGUGGAUCUACAGACUGUAUGAUCAAGGUGUGGGAUUUAUCUACACAGGAAAGCUGGUCAAGUAUAGCUUGCAAAGUUACCAUGACAGGGCAUUCGGACACAGUGCGAUGCCUGCAGGUGGACGAUGUUAAAGUGAUCAGUGGCUCAUAUGACAAGACAUUGAAAAUCUGGGAUCUCUACACUGGCAGAUGCACCAUGACUUUGAGAGGACACCAUGCUGCCGUGUUGUGUGUUCAUUUUAAUGACACGAAGGUUGUUUCUGGGUCUUGCGACAAGACAAUCAAGGUCUGGAACUACCAAGGAGCAUGCAUCAUGACUCUAAAUGGGCACCAAGAUGCCGUCACUUGCCUACAGUUUGAUGCUACGAGAAUUGUCAGCGGGUCCCUUGACUGUAACCUGAAGUUUUGGGAUGUUCAUUCCGGCGAGUGUAUCAACACGAUCGAUUGGAAGGCUGCCGAAGGUCACACUGGGGUUGUUCGCUGCUUGCAGGCAGACAGCUGGCGUCUUGUGAGUGCGGCAGAUGAUAAAACUAUCAAGGUUUGGAACUUGGAAACUGGAAAGCGACUAGUGACGUUACGAAAUCACACAGACGGGGUUACGUGCUUGCAGUUUAAUGACUUCAUUAUCGUCUCCGGUUCUUAUGAUAAAACAGUGAAACUCUGGGACUUCAGUUCGUGUUAGCUACGUGAUCUGUAAAAAAAAUUGCCAUUUAAAAUUUCCAUGAUCCUUAAAGCUGCACUCUCACAGAUUGACUGUUUUGACGUCUUUUUUAAUUUUUAUCUUGGAAUUAACCAAUUUUUUCGAAAAUGUAUGGAAACCAGUGAUACAAGACUGCAGACAAAAGAUUUUUUUUUUCAUAUUUAUUCGAAAAUUGAUAUUUUAUGGCUAAAAGCGAUAAGAAAAAAUAAAAAUUAUGGCAUUUUCUCAAACAAUUGAGAUCUGUUCAUAUUCUCUUAUUAAUUAAAGGCAUUGAUACCAAAAUCAGCUGAUUCUGAGACAAAAAUAAAAUAAAAUGUCAAAACUGUCAAUCUGAGAGAGAGCAGCUUCAAAAAGAUUGCCAUAUUGAAAAUUUCCAUGAUCCAUAUAAAGAUUGCCAUUGAAAAUGUCAGAAAUUAUUUAUAUUUUUGUUGUGAAUGAUAUUGUGAUUUUUUUGUACUAAAUUCAUAUUAUUUAUCUUCCUGUUACUAAACUUGCACAUGAAGAUUAUAGCUUUUAAAAUAGAGAUGCAAGAUUAUUUCUGUGUUGUCUAACUUACAAAUAUGAUUUUUUGGUGCAGAUUUAAUAUUAUUAUUUAUUAAAUCAAUCUCUACAAUGAUAAACUUACAAAGCAUCAUGUUCGAUGGUUUAUAAAUUGUUAAAAGGAACAAAUACACGUAGGCCAUUUACCAGUAAUUCGGAAGUUUAUUUUCUUUUGCAAAAUUAAGAUAUCAUUUUACUGUGAUUUUGUGUUUUUAAUGAAGCCAGUGCAUUAUAUUAUUUACCUGCUGAAAUAGAAGAUAUUUCUUAAGACCCCUGUGUAUAUUUAUUAGCCUUUUUGUUGGGUAAUAUUUCAUGGUUUAUUACAAACAUAUUCCUACGUGCAGUUGUUCAUUUAGAUCUUUUUCUAGGUUGUAAAUUCAGUUUUUUUAAAAUCCUUCUGGGCGUUGUAAAGUAUUUAGCUUAUACUUGCCGUUUACUAUGUCUUGUGUAUUUGGAAUUAAGAUUUUUUAAGAUUUUCAGAUUGCAUGUUUUUCUGCAAAAAAGGCGACCUCGGUGUCGUUGCCGUCAUUUGAAAAAAAUCAAACCUCAACAACUUUUUAAGAUAUUUAAUUGAAAUUUGGUACAAAUUAUGACAGACACAAUACACCAUGAUGUACACCAUGGCCCAUAGCUCUGGAUUGAAUGGUUUUUGAGUUAUGCCCCUUUUUUGAAUGAAAAAACAACUAAAGACAAGGGUUGAUGUGUGAUUUGUGGCGCUCCGUUUAUUUUUGAAGGGUGUAGAAAAUAUUGAAAGUUAUAUGUUAUUCAGGGUUGUUAAUGCAUUUAUUUGCCUAUAUUCUAUUUACACUAUUGUUAUUUUUCAAUUCAGUAUUUGUGCAUUUAUAAAAAUACUUUUAUUUUUGUCAGGUCUGAAAAAAAUCAAUUAUAACUAUUUAAGGUAAGGCAUCCAUCAUUAGGAUUCAGAAAUGAUCUAAUUCAUUUUAGAUACUACCAUCAAGAUUAAUUCUAGGUUUAAUUUAUAUUAAUCAUUCUAUUAUUUUCCCCAUAAUGACACUAUUAUUAUGAUAUGAUGUAUUAAAGGGAGGUUAUUCAACAAAACUUCUUAAAUAUCUUCAUGCAUCUAUGAACAAAAGCUCUUGGUGAAAACUUGAAAGUAUAAAAAUAAAAUGUUGUUUUAUUUAUAAAACGUUUUGUUCUUUUGAAAUGAAACCUUUUUUAUAAAUGAUGGAUGGCUUACCUUAAAAUUCUGUGUAGUUUGUUAAAGUUGGAAUUGUUUAAAGGUUGUGAAUAAAAUAUCAGUUUUAUUUCUUAAUGCUUUAUUUGACUCCAAGAAUAUGUAAGUUUCUUAAAACAUUUCCAAUGCAAUAAUUGUACAUUUAAAAUUCUUAUUUGGCAUAGUUAAAUUUCUCAAUUCUUUUAUGUGUUUUAUGAAAUGUAUUCAGCAUCUAAAUAAAUUGUAACGAAAAUGAAUUAUAUGUUCACCACAAUAGAGACAUGUACAAAAUUAUAUGUAUAUUUUAUUUCUGAAAGUAUUUAUUUAAUAAUUAAGUUCUAUUAAAUUGAGACAUUGUUUUAAAUCUAUUCUAGAUUUCAGUGUUAUAAUGUUUUGUUGCGUAAAUUAAUGGUUUCACAUAAUCUAGAAAAUUAUCUUAUAAUUCAUAAUUCAGUUAUGUUUUCACAAUUUAUUUCUAGUCUGGAUUUCUUCAGCAUUACUUCAUUCUCAUUUUCUCACUUUAAUUUCUCAUGAAGUCAACAUAUCAUCUGGUGUAGCUCCAUGUAGGCACUUAAGUCCUGGGCCAGCACAAGAUUUUUCAAAGAAUGGUAUUUUUAAAUAGUAAAAAAAUAGCAUUUAAAAAUUUAAGCAUUUUUUUUGCUUUUAUUUGUUUUAUUCCAAGAUGAAUGUGAAAAAUCAUGUAAGAGCAUUCUGCUGUAACAAAAUUCACGGGAGAGCAUGACCAUUCCCAGCCCCAGCACACCUGGCCUGUACAUCAAUACAGGGGCCGUCCGUAUUCAUAAAGCCUCUUAGUAAUUUAUUUUUAACUGAGUGAAAAAUUGUGAAUUUUUAAUAAUGAAUAUUUUAGAUACCCUCUAUUUUUGAUGAAAUUAAUUUGUAUGCCUUUAUUAUUUGGAUGUUUUCCUUGCUUAUUUUUAUAUUUUUUUUGUGUAAAAACAUUGUUGGUAUUCAUUAAUUUCAACAUAAAAUAAAAGAACUUUUUCACAAAUUUCCCUAUUAAGGAGCUUUAUGCAUAUGGCCCCUUGUUUAGCGAUGUUCCUUAUGUCAUGGACCUUUUUUCAAGAAGCAGUUUACCCAGAAAUCCUAGGAGAAUCUUUGCACCUAGGAGAGAUUUUGGACAGUUUUUAUUUUCUCAUAGGUAUGGAAAUCACUCCUAGUGAAUCAACCCCUAUAUUUCUAGUCCUUCACUUGACAAAAUUGUGUUCAUCUUGCCUUUUCAUCUUUGUUUGUGGUGCUAUAUUUUAUAUUAAUAUAUCUAUUCAAACCAUAUAUUAUGGAGAAUUUCAAAACAAAACUGUUUUGAACUUGCUUGAUUAUAGAACAAAAAUAAUUGCUAGAUACGUUUACUUACAUAUUUUUGUAAACCAGGCCCCAAUUUCUCGAAACUUCUUGAGGUCAAUAGGCUUAAGUAGCUUAUUUCAAUUAGCCAAAAUACAUACUUAAAUUUGAUUUUGGUAAUUAAAAACUGGUUUAUUGGGAUUUUUAUAAAGAUAAUUACUUUUUAAAGUCUUAACAGUCUUAAAGAAAUAAAUUCAAUACUAAUUAUAGAAAAACAAGAAUAGUGAGCUAAGCUUAAUCCUGUUAGAAGGGACUUUAGAAGUUGGGGCCAGAUGGUUUUUGCCAGAUUUUCAUUGCUCGAUUUUCUUUCAUUGUUUCCCCCAAAAUAUUAAUAGAACUUGUGUAGUAGAAUGGUAUGAUCUCUCAUAUUGAACAUGACUUCAUGUUGUAUAUUGUUUUAUCGUAAGAAUAUACAAUAUGACAUUUGUAUUUAUUGAAUGGCAACCCUCAAUGUAUUGUUAAAGUCAGACAUGUGAUUAGAAAUACGAGUUAUACAUAGUUGUGUCAUUGAUAAAAUCCAUCCUCAGAACCCAUUUAAUUCAUAAUGUACAACUCCAAUAAAUACCCUUGAAAAAUAUACUGCAGAGACCUCAUACUCUUGAAUAUUAAUGAGGUGAAAUCAGGUCAUUUGAUUGGACGCCUGAGACACACAUCAUGCAAUGUGGAAAUAGCCCAGAAGUUUAUUUGAUUAUGAAUAUUCAUGCAUUACCAACUUCCCUAGCCGGGUUAAGGUUAGGGUUAGGGUAACCUUUUCUCACAGAACAUUCUGUAGAGUAAUCAGAAUAAUAAAGAUUGGGUUCUGACGAUGUGAAAUAUCCUGAUGUAGUGUUUGUGCUAACAAGCUGUGUUCUUAUAUUGUCAUUGUUAUUUUUUUACCUUCUAAAGACAUUAUUUGUAUAUUUUUAUUGUUGUGAAGUGUGAAAAUGGUAAUUGUAUUGUUGGAAUAUUUUAUCCUGAAUUCUCCACCUUUAAAUCAGAAAAGUAUUUUUCACCUACGAUAUUCUUAUGUCCGAAUUUAACAGGUGUAGAACAAAAUGCCGUACUACAAAAUCCUGAAUUAUGGAAAAUACGGCCAAUAGCUAAUACUGCCCUUCGAUUAUACCUUCCAAAUUGGGAGAUGAUAUGGACCAGAUUGGAAGACUAUACCAAAAUGAAUGGCUGAACAUACGGCCCUAAUUUGAUUCAUAUCGACUCAUAAUGUUUUUCAAACUGAUCUCUAUCAUCUGCCAAUCUUUGCGGUAUAAUAAACUGGGCAAUAAAAUUGUUUGAGCCGUAAUUGUUGAUGGGCUGUAUUUGCCUGCAUACUAAAAUUGCCCAAUAAAUAUUUUGAUAGACAAACUGUCAAGUUUAUGGUGUUUUUCUGUGAUGACAAUUUCCUGUACUGAAACUUCAAAUCGAGGUAUAAAAUAUUCAGCCAUAGAAUUGACCAUUUUAAAGGCCUAUUGUUAUUAUUAUUAUCAUCUGUUGUUGUGAAUUUCUGUUGUGAUAAGUUUUAUUACAUUUUAUUCUUUUAGAUUAUAGCUAGCGCUCUUUGAAUAUAGAGGGUUUACUGCAAGAUUUUUGCCACUGCCUUUAUAUAAUUUAUAAAAACGGAGUUACCGUAUUUGUUCUUAUUGAGGCACAUACCCUAAUAGAUGCACUGUGGUAUUUUCCUGGGCAUUUUCAUUGAUUCUAGGCCCUUAAUAAUGCUAAUUCUGAUUCAAAACCUCAAAAUAUUAAAGCUUAUUUUGUUGUAAGGCAGUCUAUUUGUGAGUAAUUUUGCCAACUAUAAACCAAUAUCAUGGUGCACUACUUUUAAAGAGGUUGCAGUAGUAAUAAUCAUUCCAUCAUUGUUUACUGAUAUAUGCAGACAAUAUUCUUGAUGCAAGGUGGUCUUAAAGGGGACAUGCACAGGGGCGCCUAUAAGGGCAAACAUGAUAUUACAAAAAGUUUUGCAAAAUUUUAUCUGUGUCAAUUUAUCCAUCUUUAUAACAAGUUUAUUUUGGAUGAAUCUACCCUGACCAUUUAUUUAUUAAGCUACACUAGUAUUAUGUUUUCAGUUGAUCAAAGAUUAAGAUAGAUUGUUUACUUUUUGUCAAACUAAAUAAUAUCAAUUAGGGUAAGCUGAGAUGAUAUAAUAUAAGGAAGUGGAUGCCUUAAUUAUGAACUUAAAAACUUGAAGCAUACCCCUACUUGUCAAACUCUUCCUAUCAUGAAUUAUUCCCCAACAGGUUAAAAUGAUGUUUAAUUAAAUACAUUUAACUUGUAUGAGUUGUGAACUUGAAAACAACACUGUGUUUGAUUCAAUGCAUACUUGAAGGCUAUCCUUAAAAACAUCUUUGUUUGCGGCUACCUGACCAACUCAGCCCAGCCUAAUAAAUGUUUUGGCCUGCCCGUUUUCAAUAAUUGCAUAUUUUCUACAAGGGAUUUAAUAGCCAAAAGAUGCAUACUACAGAAAACAAUCCUUACUUACCUUCACAUUCUCAAAAUUGUGGGUAGGGUUACCCCAAGCAAUUGUGGGUAGGGUUACCCCAAGCAAUUGUGGGUAGGGUUACCCCAAGCAAUUGUGGGUAGGGUUACCCCAAGCAAUUGUGGGUAGGGUUACCCCAAGCAAUUGUGGGUAGGGUUACCCCAAGCAAACAUUUUUAAAUAAGGACCCAACUGGUCAAUUAGUAAAUUUACCUAUAUGAAUUGUUUAACUAGAAAACAUCACUGUGAUUACUACUGAACUACUUCAUCCUGUUAUUAUUGUACUCUUUGUACAGAUAGAGCAUAAUAAAAAAAAACAUAAAAUA